GCAUUUAUAUAUAUAUAUAUAUGUGUAUUUAUAUAUGUCCGGCUGGGCAUUUUUUCUUUUUUUUCUAUUACUACCGGUGCGCUGUGACUUUAAAAUAUAGACUAAAAAGCAACUUAGCGAGUUAUCCGGUUUAAUUUAUUAGUUAAGUGAGCUAAUUUUCGUGGUUAGUGAUGUAAUAAAAAGACCAUCACUUUUAAUUUGAUCUGCAUCAGCAAUUAUCCACUGGUGUUACUAUGGCAAUGCGUAUCUACACGCGAUCAUUUCAUGAACGGUCAUAUUAACGAAGAUAAUAUUAAAUUUGAGGUACUUUUGUUGUUGUUGUUUAGUAUUUUGUUUAUGGUUAGUAAGGACAUGGAUAGUUUUACAUGUCAAUUUAUUGAUACUUUUUUUCAUAUAUACUUGCUGGUUUUUUAAUUCAGGGUAUUCAGCUCUGUAAACAAACUUAAUGUGGGAUAGGUACGGAAAAAAUUAAGGGACAUUUAUAAGCAAGACGAUCGAUAGUAUAAAUAAGAUAUUAGGUUAAAAUCGUAGAGUUUUUUUACGAGGAUGAUUGGUCUAUUUCUUUAAAAAAGCAAAGGCAAGCGAAGGCAGUUGUAAAAGAUGACUGCAAAGGCUAAGAAAGUGGCACAAAAAACAACCAAUGAAACUAGAUUUAUGUGCAUCUAAACAAAAUUCUACUCAGACGUUGUAGUUAGGGAAGUAGAAGGGCUGUGUUGAGACUAAAAGAAACCAUGUUGUCUACAAAGGUGUUUGAUUCUGUGCUACAGUCUUCAUUGGGUUUACUAAAACAAAUACUGAUUAAAAAUGCUUAAUAAAUGUCCUUAACCAAUUUUCCAAUAAAGUUGAAAGAAGCAGAGUCGUAGCUGACACUCAAAUCCUCUUUUUUCAGAAAGACAAGGGGGAAUUUUGAGAUUCUACCCUUUUAGUUUGGGUAAAAACGCUUCUUUUGCACAAGUCUGUUUCACUUUUAACCACGAUCCACAAAAAUGCUUUGUGGGACGUGAAUCUCCCCCCAGGCCCCUAUGGCUCUGCGUAUAGUUAUUUCCUGGCAUUUUCUGGCUGUAGAAAAAAUAGCAUCUCCUAUUUAUUUUGUUUGUUAUCUGUGAAUGUCACACUGUCAUUACUUGUUUGGACAUAAGAAGGUAGCUUACUUUCUUUGUUUUACCGUUACUUUUGUCAAAUUAUCCAUGUUUUUUUUCUAAGUAGGCAUCCCAAAAAUUAAACAACAAUCGCUAAACAUGUUCCGUGUAAAUGAUACCUUACCAAGAAUACAGUGAUAGAAGCAUGAUGUACACUUUGCUGUUUUUUGAAAUUGUGAAUAUUCUCCUGUGCAUGACAAUUUCUUCCAAAGAUUUGAACAAGCGCACGAUCUUUGGAGCUUCAGAUAUUGGAGCUGUGUGCAACGAUGGUACUCCUGGAAUAUAUUAUCUCCAUCAUAAAAAGGAUAGUUUAAAAUGGAUAAUCUAUGUUGAAGGUGGUGGAGGUUGCUCGAGUAAUAAACAGUGCGAAGAGAGGUUUAAAAGGACUCCAUACUUCAUGAGCUCAAAGAGUUAUCCUGAUAGAAUUCAAACAAGGAGUUUAAUGUCGACCGAAAUAUAUGCUGACUACAGCAAAAUUAUUAUACCAUAUUGUAGUAGCGAUUUAUGGCUUGGAAAUAGUUCCCAAAAAAAUAACAAACUAGCAAACUCAACAAAUGUGACUCCUUAUCUUUUUCGUGGAGCAGUUAUAUUCGAAUCUGUGAUUAACGAAGCAAUAGCUAUUGGCUUAAACAAGUCAACCUACGUGACGAUAGCGGGGACCAGUGCUGGAGGUAUUGGAGCUAUAAAUCAUAUAAAACAGUUGCAGAAAAAACUAAAAAAUACACAACUUUCAAUUAUUUUAGAUUCAUCAUGGUUUCUAAACUUUGAUCAUUACUUUAGCAGUAGGUCCAAUACGGACUUUUUAAGACAAUCUGGUAUAGCGAGACAUACUAGCUGUCGAGAUGUUCGUUGGAGUUAUCCAUGUUGUUUUUCAGUUUCUUGCUUGCUUAGCCAGUCGUACAUACCAACGAGUGUAGAGAUGCUGGUUAUUUCAAGCAAAUACGAUGUUUACAUCCUAUUUGACCGUCUUUUGUCACGUGAUCGCACUUCUAAUUAUGCCAAUAUAUUUAAAACAAAAGAAAUUUUAACACGUGUGCAUGCAUACGGUGGGCACAUGUUACAUUCUCUCGAAAUCGUGCAAUCGUAUCCGAACUUUCACUAUGUCCUAUUGUCGUGCUUUCAACAUGGCUACAUUGCAUCAUCGUCACUAUGGGAAACCGUAUACAACGCUAAAAUUGAACUAAAUUUCGAUUCCAUACACUUUGAACACACUGUUUCAGAUGACAAUCUAAAGCUAAUCUCAGUAAAGGGUCAGUCUCUUGAAAACGUCGUACUGAAAUGGCAUGAUAUUUUACAGAACAAAACUAAUAAAAGCAGAGAUGCAAUUUCUAACUUGCGUAUAACAGACAGUUGCUCACAUGCUCAAUGUAAUCCAACCUGUCCCCAGGUUAUUCAUUUCAACAUAUACAAAUCUGGUUGGAAGAAUUGGAAACGAAUUUUAUUAAUUUUUAUCAUAUUGUUUAUAUUUGCUGGUUGCUUAGUAACAAAAAUAGCCUGGAUGAUACAACAUCACCAAUUAAAGACCACUCAAGCCUUGUAUUUAUGUUCGAAUUACGACAGUGUAGAAGGGUUGGAUAAAAUUAAAUGUUUGCCCACAUGCCCACCGCAUAGCAGUGUUGGCAUCUCUUGCACCAUGUUGGAAUAUGACAUAGUUAACCAAUCACAGGCCGAGAUUAUCGGUACAUUGAAACGAGCAGAACCUGCCAUGCGACAGAGGAGACUUUCUCUGACGCAUAUAAGACGAAAGAGUUUUCAUUCACCCGGUAAAAAAAUUAUUAGCGGCAUUACAGCGUACUUUAAUCCAGGUCAACUUGUUGCGAUUAUGGGUCCCAGUGGGUCAGGAAAAACAACUUUGUUGGAUUUGUUAACAGCAAGAAAACAUAACAAGGAAGCAGAGGAUAACAUUUUUAUCAACGGGUUGCCCGCGGAAGAAACGCGGGAUUGGUUUAUAAAGAAUAGCGGUUACGUUCUGCAGUUAGCAACACCCUACCACGAGGAACUUACAGUUCGACAAAACUUAACAUACACAGCUAUGAUGAGGUUACCCAUGAAGAUGAAAGUGCAGGAUAAAAUGUGGAGGGUUGAACAGGUGCUUGGGCAGUGCGGUUUAUUUGACGUAGCUGAUGUUGUGGUGGGCGGUAACGACGGAGGUGGCGGUUUGAGUGGAGGUCAGAAAAGAAGAUUAUGUAUCGCAUUGCAGUUGUUGGAUCUACCAAGUGUAAUUUUUCUUGACGAACCAACUUCAGGAUUGGAUUCGGCAUCCUCAUUAGAGCUUCUUGAAACUUUGCAUGGAUUAACCUUAUCUGGUCGGUUAGUGGUCGUGACAAUUCACCAGCCUCGUCUUGAAAUAUUUCAUAUGUUUGAUGCUAUCCUGAUUCUCUCUCAUGGAGAGGUCGCCUACUUCGGCUCACCAAUCGUUGCACCAAUGAUGAUAGCAGAAGCUUUGCAAGAUUCUGGUCAGGUUUUUGACGCAUCUAACCCUGCAGAUACAAUAAUGGAUGUGCUGACGAAUGAUGACUCACAAAAGAUAAUUGUCAAGCAUUAUCAGGAAAGCGGAGAAAUAGAAGCCAUCACUAGAGCGAUCGCAAGAGCUAGAAGACAUCCACAGAAAACUCUUAGUAUGAAAUUCCAAAAGCAAACAUCAAGCAUACAGAACAGAUUACUUGCUUUGGAUGGUCGAAGUUCAGCAUCACAAACUUUAUCACAGAAGCUCUACUUUACCAUUAUAUUUUUGUUAUACAGUUUGUCCUUAGGGUCAUGUUACUGGAAGACCGAACAAGGCAUCUUAUUGAUGUCCUGCUACAUGGUAUUUUCGUGUGCAAGUCAACUCUUCAUGGCCUCCGUUAUACAUGCCCACUUGGGAAAAGCUUUUGCAUUGUUUGCGCUGGAAAAAGCUGAUGGGGUUGGAUAUUCUCACGAAUUAGUAUUACAUGUUUUUAUACGAGUCUUUUCCCAAGCGGCCUUACCGUUAAUAGCAGCCUGCGGUAUUAUAUACGUCUGCAUGUUUAAUGAAUACGUACUGUGGAAGUUUUGCAUCACAACGUUAAUUCACCUACAGCUGAACCAAACGUGGAUAGCAAUAGUCAUACUCACAGCGUGUAUAACUCCACGAUAUUCCCCUUUAGUUUCACCGUUACUUUCAGCUGUUGCUGGAUUUGCUGGUGGAUUUUUAGUUCCAGAGCCCCAGAUGCCUAUCUUUUAUUAUUGGUUAUUUUACAUCAACCCCACUCACUGGGCGUACAGAGGAAUAGCAAAAACUCUUAUCAGUGACAUUUCAUUCAAAUGCAAAUGGAAUUCGCCCUUAGAAUGUCAGGGCAGCAGAGGAAUUAUGGUGUUGGAGGAGUUUGGUUUUCAUCGUGUAAACCCAUACUUAAGUAUGGCUGUUUUAUUAUUCAUGUUGUGCACUCUGCUUAUUGCUGCAGUGAUAGUGCUUGAAGUGAAAUACUCCAAACGACAGUGGAAACAAGUUAAAACAAAUUAUAUACAAGCUUGCAAAUCUGGAUUUUCGAGUUUGUGUGGCUGUUGGAGAGCAUGUGCUGAAGCAAAGAAACGUCGGAAACAACUUGAAGAAGAAGAGAGACAAAGGCUUUUUAAACUCGCCGAAGAAGCAUACACGUAUAAAAAAGAAGAUGAGGCUACAAACAAUGACAAAAAGAACGACAGUAACGAAGACGACGAGGAUGAUGAAACUAAAGACGUAGAGAUUUCACCAAAAAUACAUAGGAAAGAUUCUAGAGCCAGAAGUCAAUCUUUCACAGAUGCUGAGACUGUGGACAGCUACAACAGCAGUAAUGACGAAGAUGAAGACCCUACGCUACAAAAGGAAAGAGAAAAUCUUGCAUUACCAAAGAGUACCGUGCAAAUCUCAAUAACAUCUUUUUUAAAUAAACUCCAAACGUCUGUCUCAUCUGGAUUAUCGAAAUCACGCUCAAAUACUGCUUCAGUAAAUUCGGUCAACACUGCUUAUAACAGUUUGAACAGCGAUCCAGUAAGAAUGCGGUCUAGGAGUGCUGGCAAAAACAAAAAAUGGAAGACAAUGAUAUCUCACAGAAGAAAAACCUUCACAGGUGUUAUUGAAGAAAACGAAGAACUGGAGCUUCCAAAUCGAAUGAGACCAAGAUCUUUGCUCAUUCCAAAAAACAACUCCGAUAGAUCAAGUCCUGAUUUAAAAACAUCGUUUCUUGAAGAGCGGCAAAAAGUUACGGCGGAUUUGGAAAGCGAAUCAAAAUCUUCAGCUUCGGAAGUAAGUGAAAACACGGUCCAAAACACGAAAAAUAAUAAAACUCGCCAGAAUGCACCACACAUAAUUCAUAGACCCAUCCCACCAGAUAUUAUUAUAGACAUUGAAAGUAGUCAUGAAGUAGCUCGUGGGAAAGAAAACAACCAAUCAGAAGCUACGUUGAACAAUAACAAUACAGACAAAGCAACUGACCGUUUGCUUUCGAGUGGAACAGACACAGAGAAGGUUGCAAAGAAACAAAAGAAAAAGAAGAAAAAAAGACAAAGAAAUCGAAAAACAAAAUCGAAAGAUACCUGGUCUAAAUAUUUAGAUACAAGCUCACAACGACACGAGGUGUAUUGUGCUUUGAAUUCCAUUAAAAAACGACUCAGCGGGAAGGAACGUUUGAAGGGAAAAGCGCAAACGAGGAAACAAUCAUCGAUUAACAUCCAGCGAAAAGCUUCUAUGCAAAUCUUAGAUGAUAAACGCAGAAGUCUAAGAGAUCAACUUUCUGGUCUGCGAUACUCCACCGCUAACGCUGAUUUAUCGCCUGAGAUGAGAAAAAAAAUUAACAUAAUACGUGCACGAAACAAAUACCAAAAACCAUCGGAACGAGAAAUUUCUAACGCUGUUUCAUUUUCGGCCACUUUGCGUGAACAAAAUAACGAUAUUAGAUUAUCGACAACUUCUUCGAAACGUACUUCGAAACCAGACGAUGAACGCGAACUGCUCGAAAGAUUAAGCGUGUUAUCCAGCCAAAGGAACAGUCGUAACAGCGGUGUUUUAUCGAGUGUAAAAAAUAGUCGUAACGAUCAUUCAAAAAGUAGCGAGCACCUUUACGAAAACUUAUCAAGAACAGAAGGCGUUGCGACAGAAAUGAGCGACGUAUUAAAGAAACUUAACAGUCUUGACAAUUUAGAUUGCUCUUACUCGAAUUUUGAUUCUGACUUCAUGGAAAACGAAAGUAGAAGGCGUUAUUUGAGUUAUCCACCAGACGCAAAUCGCAAAAGUGAUCCGUUACUACCAGAAGAACGAGAAUUAGUUGAACAACUCCUCCGAAAAUACAGUCAACUUUAUGAUCAAACACAUCAAAAAGAUGAACUACCGCAAAAUGAAAAACCAACAUUUUCUACCAAAGUUAAAAUCAAAGGAACAUCACCUGGGCAUUCCAGAAGAAGUAGUGUUGACCACACCAAGCCUGCAACUCAAUACCGAGCAUCUGUUAAUAUGGAUCAUGUACUAGAGGAGGCUUUGGAAGAAGGCGAGAAAAUGUCAUCAAACCUUGAAGAAGGAAAUAAGACAAGUUCACCAAAAGACAGAACUAAGCAAUUCACGCUGAUGCAUCGCCGACAUAGUGAGGAACGAGGUGCAAUGAAAAAAGAUAUAUUGGAAGCUUUUAGAGGUGGAAGAAACAGGAGUACAUCUAUGACAACAGCAGGAAACAAACAGGAAGUUGCAGACACAACACCAGUUAGGUCUAAUUCAGGAAAUAAAAUUAGCAAUGCAGAAAAGAAAGCUAAAAUAAUGGUGCCUAGUCAAAGUAUUGAUAACGACGAUGACGGCGAGGAGGAAGAAGACGACGAUGAUGAAGAAGACGAUGACGUUGACGAUGACGUUGACGAUGAAGAUAAGUCAAAGAAGUCGUCUGUUCAAGAAGAGGCUGAUAAUGUAUUUGAUCAUUCUGAAUCAUCAAGUGAAUAUGAAGAAGAGAUUGUUAAAACGCAAGAAGGAUUCAUUAUACCGAAAGAAUCUAUACAUAAAGUAAUGGGAAAUGGGAUGUCGCCUUUGGCUGUUGGAAUGAGGUUAAGGCGGGAAAGCAGGACAAAGGAAGAGGAAAUUGAACGUCAAUUUAAACGGGAGAAUUUCCUGAAAGAUCGACCUGCUAGAAGAGGGAUAAGGAUGCCCAUCGGAUCUGCUGGGAAGGUGAACCUAUUGAAGUCAAAAUUUGAGUCCAAGACUACAACUGAGUCUAACUCCACCAGAAUACGAAGAAGCAUUGAGAAGUUGAAUCAAAAGGCUAGCAGCAAAACACACAGGCCAUUCUUCAAAUUGCUACGUUCUAAAUCAACACAAAAUUCCGAAAGUGGUUCUGAAAGCGAAAUAACAGGUGUGACCACGCCUGUGAAUAAUGUUGCUAUAGAAACACGCAUGGGAGAGUUGUUUCAAAGAACUUCCACCCAGAAAGGAAAUGUACUAAAUGAUGUGAUAAUCACAGAAAGAGAUAUGAAUUUUCAAAUAAAUGAGAACAUCGGUGAACAGCAUAUUUUCGUGUUACCUACACCAAUACAAUGUGAAUGCAAAGAACCAAUUAGGUCGUCAUCUUCAAUUGAAUAUGAUUUAGAUAGGUCUAAUUGCCAUACAAUUAGACCUCCAUCCAAAAAACACAGGGUUCCUUACAAAGAAGAAGAAGAAAUUUUUCACAGGUUCGGCUAUUUCAUGGAUGAGGAUUACAAAGAACUGCGUGAUUCUUUUCGUGACGUAUUAACUUAAUAAUGUUGUUAAUAAUUUUAAAAAAGAAGCACCAAUUAAAACCUUAGUCAGCUAAAAUCUCAAACCCUAAAACCUGCUUUGUGGGUAAUUCAGAUUAUAGAAAUUUUGUUGCAAUUUUUAAUAGGGAUCACUGUUCCACCGUGUGGACUCUAGAUUGCAGUAAAUUAACUAAAAUUCCAUACACUUUCUCUAGCGUAUGUAUCAUAGCAAUUUUACUAAAACGACUUAUGUAUUUUACGUGACUUUAUGAUAAGCUAAUCACCAAUAGUUUACUAGAUAAAACUUUGAUCUGCGAAAAACAAAUGGAGGUGUAACAAAAAUUUACAUUUUAUUUUUAAUUUUUUUUAUUUAAUAUUUUGUUAUAUUAUUUAGUAUUUCUUUUUAACUUUCUUGUACAUAUAAAUGUAGGUAGUUUUAAUUUAUAUUAAUGCAAUGAAACUAAUAAAUUAGUAACGUAGAAAAUUUAAAAAAGAAUAUUCUGAUACUUAAAGGCCUGAAGGUCUGGAUUUAUAGGAUAAUGUUAAUGUUAUUAUUUAAUCACAUCAAAAACAUCCGGGUUUUGGUGGCCAGUUAAUAAGAAAAUGAUGUCACACUUUUGGCUACUGUAUCACAUGGCUAGUGACGUGGUCUUAUUAUAACAUUCUUAUCAAACCAAAAUUUGGUUUAUCAAGUAAAAAUCUCAGUAUAUACCAUCCAUAUCGUAAGUGUUGAUCAUCGUCAUGUAAACUCUCCCGUUCUUGGGUGGUGUGACAUUAUCCCUGGGGAAAGAGAGAAAUAAGUUAACUGUUGUAAUGGAAAUAGAAAUAAAUAACAGUUGAUACUGAAAAAUUGAAAGUUAAUUUACUAUACACUAUCUCCAGUACUAAAUUCCUUUUUUUUUGUAAAAUACUAAAAAUACAUUUUAGUGCAGAAAAGUAAUGUGGAUAUGCUCUGUACCGUGCAAAAACUAGUACAUAGCAUCAAUAAAGUCAUAUCACCUUCAGGAAAUAAAUUCUGCAUUCUUUAAUUCCGAAUUCAUUUCUUAAGGUCACGU